AUAUUAUCAAUUUCUUCUGGACGUGCACAUUCCUUAGUUUCCACCACAUCUGGAGUAUAUGCUUUCGGAGAUAAUGCUCAUGGACAGUGUGGUCAAGAUCCGGAGCAACGGCGUGAAGUACAUGGGGUGAAGGAUACACCACUUCCAAAAAUAGAAAUACCCAGUGAUUCUCCUGUUUCUGCUGUGCAUUGCGCAUUGGACAGCUCAUUUAUUUUGACAGAGAAAGGUGAAAUAUUCGCUUUCGGAUUGAACGAAGAUGGGCAAUGUGCAAAUGGAGAGUAUGGCAUACAGUGGAAACCUUGUAAGAUAUUAGGUGACGCUGCCGAUGAGCGGAUUAUAGCAAUCUCAGGCAGCUCAGAUACCCUGCUGGCUUUAUCAGAGAAAGGCGAACUCUUCAUCUGGGGGCAGUGCGAGUAUGGGCAGGCUGGGGUAGGAAAUGAUAAAAUUCAGAUGAAUUUCUCACGAUUCGUUCCGUUUCCUUCUGGAAAGAUAGUGUCAGCUGGUUCAACUGCAAGCUCUUGCAUCAUCAAUACUGAUAGAGGGGAGGUGUAUGCUUGGGGAGUUGGAUUGCUUGGUUUCGGGCCCUCGACACAGAAGCUAGAUCGACCAACUUUGAUGGACCAACCCCUUUUUGAAAACCAAAAGGUCGACAAGGUCUACGCAGGAAAUACUUCAUUUGCUGCCAUCAAUUCCUCUGGGCGGUUGUUUACCUGGGGUCAAAAUAGAUAUGGUCUGCUAGGCCUGGAGCAUGGAAAAGAUCAGUACUUCCCAUAUCAAGUUUUCUUCCCCUACGAUGUCAAACACGUCUCCCUCGGGCCCGACCAUUCUUUGUUUCUACUUAAAUGACU